CGAUGGCUGGGCCCGAGCCUGGGGGCCGCGCGGCGGGAUCAGUAACAUUCAAAGACGUGACUAUGGCCUUUACCCAGAAGGAAUGGGAGCAACUAGAUCCUGCUCAGAGGAGCUUGUACAAAGAUGUGAUGCUGGAGAACUACAGCAACUUUGCCUCAAUGGGGUAUCAAGCUGCCAAACCAGACAUGAUCUCUAAGUUGGAAAAUGGAGAAGAGCCAUGGUUGGGGAAGGGGAUAAGACCCAGACAAGGUGGCCUGAGUAAAAUAGCAAGACCUAAGCAAAUAGGAGCCAAUGGAAAAGAAGUCCAGCAAGAUGAUGACCAGCUAGAGAGUCACCAGGAAUCUCAAAACAAACUCCUUACAGAAGGUACAUUCAAGAAAAAAACUCUGACUAAGAAGAAAGGCCAGAAGUGUAGUUCACUGGGGGUAAAAAAUGUGCAUACAACAAAAGUUUCUUCCAAAAAAAAGCUUAAUUCACAGGGAAAGAGUUUGAAACAGAAUUUAGACUUACCUGAUCAUGUAAAAAACGACACAAAAAAGAAACCUGAUGUAGCUAAAGAGCACAGGAAAUCAUUUAGCCAUAGCUUAUCUGAUGCAAAGAAAGACAAAAAUCAAACUGGUAAGAAACAGAAAUUAUCCAACCACAGUUCGUCUAAUAGGUGUGAAAAAAAUCAAACUGGCAAGAAACAUGAGAAAUUAGUUCAUCAUGGAUCGUCCCAUACUAAAUGGGACAAAAUUAAAACUGGAGAGAAACAUGAAAAAUCAUCCAGCUGUAGCUCAUCUCCUACUAAGUGUGACACAACUCAAGCUAAAGUGAAACCUUAUGAAUGUAAUCAGUGUGGGAAAGUUCUCAGCCAUAAACAAGGACUCAUGGACCAUCAGAGAAUUCAUACUGGGGAAAAACCAUAUGAAUGUAAUGAAUGUGGGAUAGCCUUUAGCCAAAAGUCACACCUUGUUGUACAUCAGAGAACUCACACUGGAGAAAAACCAUAUGAAUGCAUUCAGUGUGGCAAAGCCCACGGUCAUAAACAUGCCCUCACUGACCAUCUAAGAGUUCAUACUGGGGAAAAGCCUUACAAAUGUACUGAAUGUGGGAAAACCUUUAGACACAGCUCAAAUCUUAUUCAACAUGUGAGAUCUCAUACAGGUGAAAAGCCCUAUGAAUGUAAGGAAUGUGGAAAAUCCUUUAGGUAUAACUCAUCUCUUACUGAACAUGUGAGAACUCAUACAGGUGAAAUACCAUAUGAAUGUAAUGAAUGUGGAAGAGCCUUUAAGUAUAGCUCAUCGCUUACAAAACACAUGAGAAUUCACACAGGUGAGAAACCCUUUGAAUGUAAUGAAUGUGGGAAAGCUUUCAGCAAGAAGUCACACCUCAUUAUACAUCAAAGAACUCAUACUAAGGAGAAACCCUAUAAAUGUGAUGAAUGUGGAAAAGCCUUUGGACAUAGCUCAUCCCUUACUUACCACAUGAGGACUCAUACGGGUGAAAGUCCCUUUGAGUGUAAUCAAUGUGGGAAGGCCUUCAAACAAAUUGAAGGCCUUACUCAACAUCAGAGAAUUCAUACUGGUGAGAAACCCUAUGAAUGUAAUGAGUGUGGGAAAGCCUUUAGCCAAAAGUCACACCUCAUUGUACAUCAGAGAACUCAUACUGGGGAGAAACCCUAUGAAUGUAAUGAAUGUGGAAAAGCCUUCAAUGCAAAGUCACAACUUGUUAUACAUCAGAGAUCCCACACUGGAGAGAAACCCUAUGAAUGUAAUGAAUGUGGGAAAGCCUUCAAACAAAAUGCAUCCCUUACCAAACAUGUGAAAACUCAUUCAGAAAUCUCAUAAGUGAAAUAAAUGUGGUAAAUCUUUUAACCAAACUAAGGGUUUUAUUUAACCUUAGAAGUAUUCUGAAUUUAAAAGAUGUUAGAAAACCUUUAACAAGAAGUCACACUUCAUAGCACAUGAGAGAAUUUGAAAAUGAAUCUUCAUAUAGAAGCAAUUGAGAGUUUAAACUUGAUACUAAACCUUUUAUAGAAAAUAUUGUUUUAAAAACAUUUAAUUACUGUAAAUGACC